AUGUAUUUUAUGGGAGCAAUUGGUCAUAUUAUGCAAGGAAGCGACAUAAAAGAAGUACUAGCAGAGAUCUAUGCGUCAAAAUCAUUAGAAAAAAUGCUCAAUGGUCAUGCUUACGCAAAAGCUGUUCGAGAUCAUACACUACUUCAGCAACUUACUUUGGCAAUUAUAAUAUUAAAAGAAGUUGAAAUGAAUGACAUAAUGGAUGCAGAUGUAAUCAUAAAUAUCGAGCAUAUAUUAGGUAAUACUCUUUCAUACAAUGAUAUUGAAAAUGACGAUCAAGUAUCUGGAGCUUUACUUAAUAAAUUUAAUCAAAAACUAAAAGAAUAUGAGGAACAAGGACCAACUGCAAAACUUUGGAUUUAA